AUGGCUAGCAUGGCUCCCUUCGGUUUGCCGUGCAUCUUAUACAUGCAUGACCGCAAACUACCCAGAUAUUCCAUCAAGUCCACCCCUCAUCGACGGAAUUUCGAGGGCCCCAAGGGUCUAGCUAUUUCUUUCCAAGCUCACCUCAGGCUCGGUCGUGUGGCCUCGUCCAAGAAAGAUUUUGAUCCAGAGUUGGGUCUCUUGACUUUAGUUCAGACCCCUGUUUAUCCAUCGCUCGUCACAGAGAGCGGUUGGUGCGCCGCCUCGUGCCCUCGCAAAGUUGAAAUUGCUACAUCUGUUGAUCGUGUUUCCCUCCACUCCCACCUCCCAUCCCAUACCAUCCCGCCCAUCUGGUUCCGUCUUCCGUCCGUCCUCCCGUUGCCUUCCCGCCUUGGAUCAAACUUGUUCCCCUUUGCUCCCGCACAUCGUCUCUACGCCGUCGCCGCACCAGCACUUUUGGGGCUCGAUAUAAAAGUGCUAGAUCAGUGCUACUGUUACGGUCCUCCUCUCGAUCAAACUACUGUGCUAGGUCACUGCCCAGCCCGCUCUCUAUCCACGAGAAACCCGAACCACCUCGCUUCGACCAACGCUAAAUCACACCGAGUCGCAUAUCCGUCCACCUUCGGCACCCCGUGGUACCUCUUGGCCGGUUUCCAUUUACUCAGCUACAACCUUCUAACCCCCUGA